AUGCCCACUCCAAAUUCGAUUCAGCUCCUCAUUCUAUUCGGACAACAACUAAAGAGACGAGAGAAGGAAGUGCAUUCAUUGUCAGCUGACAGCAAUAAUAUUUCGGUUGUGAUCACAACAUACCGCCCAUUUCGAAUUGAAGGGAAAAAUGGGCCAUCCUUCCUGGAAAUAAAUCACGCUGAGAGUGCAAUAACAGGUUGGUGA